UUCUCGAACUUUCACGCACGCAGAGCUACAGAGAGAGAGAGAGAGAGAGAGAUCGAAGCUGCGGCUGCUGCUUCUUCUUCUUCUUCUUCUUCUUGUUGUGGAGCGAGCUCAGCUGGGCUAGGCUAUGGAGGGGUACGCGAGGACGAGGACGAAGAUGAAGCGCAAGGACCUCGACCAAGUCAGCGACGACUUCUCCGACUUCUCCCUCUCUUCCCCCGCCCGCAAGAUUCGCCGCCUGGACGCGGAGUUGCCGCCGAUCAUGGAGGACGACGAGCCCGAAAUCGCGGCGCCCCGCCUCCGAUCGGACCCUGCGAUCCUGCGCGGCGGCGGCGGCGGCGGCGGCCCGGUGAUCGAGGAAUUGGGGGCGGAGUCGGCCGCGGCGUCGUCCUCCUCCUCGGCCGCCGCACCGGCGAACGAGGAGAGGGCGAUCGUUCUCUUCAAGCAGCCCGUGCACGGCCGUCUUCUGGGAGGGCAGUCGCCUUCGAGUUUCUCUGUUUCCGUGGACCCUGGCUUCAUCUCCGGGUUUAAGAAUCAAUUCUACUGGUCGAAUGAGCCUGCCCACGAGAAAUUGAUUGAAGACGAGACAGGCAAUGCAGUGACAAAUAAGGGAGGUGCUAACUGUAUGGCCGUGGUCCCUUGGAUUCCUUCUCUGUUUCCUCCUGCACCAGGCAUUGAACUCCUCCAGACCGAGGGUAGUGAGGCAAUGGAGGCCGAGGAAAUGGGCGACGGGACAAUGGAGAUUGAAGAUGCAAAUGAAAGUUACCCGGUAGGUCAAGAACAAGCACAUGGUUAUGCCGGACAGAGCACGAGUGAAGGAUUUCAGCAGUGGCAGCAACCGCACUGUAUGACACCUCAGCCACCCCAGAGCGUCUCUACUCCACUCGUGUGGUAUCGGUAACAUGUCUAUGAUGUUAAGUUUUCCUUGAAUGCCAACCGGCGACAACUUCAGAGGAUCUGCAACAGAAUGCAACCGGAUAGUUACAAGGAGACAACUCUUGCAGCUUUUCCUUUUUGAUCGGGGAAGUGGAAAUGAAAGAUUUUGUACAGAGGGUUAGGAGUAAAGAUGUAUGUAUUAUGAGAACUCACGUGUGAGGGUAGAUGGAGGUUUUCUCCUUUGCCGAUGUGCCCAAGAUUCUGCUCCUUCCUCUUCUGGAAGGGGGCUUUCAAUGUUUUGUGGCAAGCACUAGCUAGUGAUGUUAAGUCUAUUUAGCACGAUGGCAAUGAGAGAUGGAGCAUUGUCAAAA